UGGAGCAUGAGCGCGCCGCCGCCGCGCCCCUCGACAAGGGCUGCAGCCUGAGGCAUAGCCUGCGCCUGCCCGCUGCCGCCGCCGCCGCUGCCGACACGGGCAUGAAGCGACCGCUGGGCAGGCUUGCAAGGAGGAAUGGCUUCUGCUCUCUGCCAGCAGGAGCAGAGCUGUCCCAGUUGGACCAAUAGAAUAUGAUCAUCUUCGUGCGUUUAAAAGGAAAAAGAUCUACAAUACACAAAUGAGACUUUUGCUCAGGUGGUUUAAAAGAGAGCCAGAGCCACAGAGCCUGCCAGUAGUGGUAGUUCUCAAGCUGUGUGGCUGGUGGCUGUCUCCCAAAAACUGUUGUGUGAAAAGAAGAUUUUUACGUACACAAAGUUGUGCAGCUUGGAAAUAUGGACCUGUUCAUACACAUGUAUCCAUAGGAACAAAGUCUUAAUCUAUGGAUUCCUGUUAUUGCUGCAGGGUUAACACAUGCAUGCAAGUGUGGCGGAUUUACAGCACGUUAACAAGUUUUAAGUGGUGGUAGGGGAGCUGGCUUGGCUGUACUGUAUGCUUUUUCAAUUAUGGUAUGCAUUCAACUGGCAAGUGGCUUUAUGUUAAACGGCAGGUAGCAACUGUGGUGGAGUAUUACAUAUCUAAAUUGGUUCUGCCAUUGAACCUUUGCGUGUGCACCCCGGUAUUCCUCCUCAUGAAGGAGAGUGUGAUAGAGAGAAAUGAGCUGUACUGCUUCAAUAAAAAUCCGAUUCAGGAGCUUGCGACCAGCUGUUUUGCACUUCCAGUGCUGUUUCAGUCUUUUAAUGUCUAUGUUCUUUUUUUCCUCUUUCAUUUGCAGACAGCUUUGUGUUCCCCAGCUCGUGGACUAGAGGGCUGUGCCUUUAAUAUAAACCAGCUGUCAGCUGUGAAAUGAGUGGAAAACUUAAGAAUUCAGUAAACACUGUGGACGGAGUGUACUUGCACCACAGUAGUAUCUCAGUGCCAAGCUCGACUAAAAUCUAGUGUGGGUGACUUCAGAUUUGAUUAGUGUCAGCAGCAUUGCUCUGGAGAAAGCAUAUUCUUAGAAUUUAAACAAAUGGCUCAUGCUGAAAAAGUUCUGGCGCAAACUUAAACUGCUGUUGCAGAAGAUGAAUUCAAGGCGAUACGGAUUAUGGUUUCGAUUGCGGAAGUUAAUCAUCUGGUUGCUGGGAGUGUACAUAGCCAUUCCAUUUCUAGUAAAACUUUGCCCUGCUAUUCAGGCAAAGCUGGUCUUCCUAAACUUUGUGAGGGUCCCAUAUUUCAUUGACUUGAAAAGACCACAGGAUCAAGGUUUAAACCACACCUGUAACUAUUACCUGCAGCCAGAAGAGGAUGUAACCAUCGGAGUCUGGCAUACGGUCCCUGCAGCCUUAUGGAAGAAUGCUCGAGGGAAGGACCAGUUGUGGUUUGAAGAUGCUUUGGGUUCCAGCCAUCCUGUAAUCCUUUACUUGCACGGUAAUGCGGGAACAAGAGGAGGGGAUCACCGCGUGGAGCUUUACAAGGUUCUCAGCUCCCUCGGGUACCAUGUGGUAACGUUUGAUUAUCGAGGCUGGGGCGAUUCAAUAGGCAGCCCAUCAGAAAGGGGAAUGACGUACGACGCCCUUCAUGUCUUCGACUGGAUAAAAGCAAGAAGCGGAGACAACCCUGUCUAUAUAUGGGGACACUCCUUGGGCACAGGGGUUGCAACAAAUCUAGUGAGGCGCCUCUGUGAGAGAGAAACGCCCCCAGAUGCCCUGAUACUGGAAUCUCCAUUCACCAACAUACGGGAGGAGGCGCGAAGUCACCCCUUUUCUGUGAUAUACAGAUACUUUCCUGGGUUUGACUGGUUCUUCCUUGACCCCAUCACAACAAGUGGAAUUAAAUUUGCAAAUGAUGAGAAUGUGAAAUACAUUUCCUGCUCCCUGCUCAUCCUUCAUGCUGAGGAUGACCCGGUGGUACCAUUUCAUCUGGGAAAGAAGCUUUACAACAUUGCUGCGACGUCACGGAGUUUCCGAGACUACAAGGUGCAGUUUGUUCCGUUCCACACAGACCUCGGCUACCGGCACAAGUACAUCUACAGGAGUCCAGAGCUACCUCGAAUACUGCGGGAAUUCCUGGGAAAAUCUGAACAUGAGCAUCAUCACUGAAGACUGGCUGCUUGGCAGCACAGAGAUUUUCCUUCCUUUCCUUCCUCUCUCUCCUUUUCCUCCCCGCUCCCUGUGAGUCAGUCUGCCAUUCUUCCAUCCCUGGCAUUAGAGGAGGCCAGGGAUUCCUACUCUGGUCCUGAUGUGUACCCUUGGCAACUCCAGCUCCUGGCAUCAGCAUCUGUGAUGGUAGAAGAAAGAAUUCGUUGGCUUUUUUUUUUUUGACAUGGAUGGAGGGGUGAUAAUAGCCCAGGAGCCAGUACCAAACCGUGAAAAAUGUAAGCACAACAAAGGCUGGCCAAUACAGCGUGGUAUCACUGAGGACAGACAUUCCUAGGACACGUGUGUCAUGACCAAGGGUGUUUCUUUCACUUUUAAACACUGCUGCUGUUUUUGGAUCAUGUAGAGACUCGUUUGUAGGCGAAUGGCUUUUGCCGUGUCUCCAUACCACAGUUGUCUUCCUUGAGUUUGAGGUGUUCUCUUUCUAGGAAAUACAUGUUUUGCCUUUCCUUUUUGCUAAGUGGCUGUAAUUACAAAUACAUGGAAGAUCCAGGUGGUGAGAGGUAUUUUUAUUUAGCUCUUCAGUCACAAUGUGUUGCAAGUGUUUGGCUAAUUGCACACAUGUGGAAAUAAAAGAUUUUUUUUUGUUCUCCCUUUUCAAACAUCUAUUUAAUGGAAAAGGUUAGUGCCCUUUUAUCUUUUCUGUAUCCUUUCCCUUCCAUACGUCAUUUUUUGCUCCCAUCCCUGCUAUCUUCUGCGGAGGUCCUCCCCUUCUUCACAUGCACUUCCUGUUAGGAACUGAAGUGACUUAUGUGGAUAAAUUGCAAACUUGGGAGUUUAAGCCAGAAAGCAUGAGAUUACUUUUUUGCUUCAUCUCCCUCUUCUAUGAACAACAUGGGCCCAGACUGUGGGAAUGGAUGUCUUCCAUUCUCCCUGCACACACCCAGACAGACAUGUGCUUCCUUUGGGUGGGAAGGGCAGGUUUUUUCCCUCAACUACCUUUUUAACUCCUUAGGUCAGGUUUUCCUGUUCCUGGUGGCUGCACUGUUCCUCUGUAGUUAAAAGGAGGCAGUGAUAUAUAGUUCUUAAUGCAAAAAUAAGAGUCUGGGGUGUCCUCCCCUAUCUCUCCCUCCACCUCCCUUCUGUGCUCCUGGCAUCCCAUCUCAGCCCAUCUCAUAGCCGUGGUCAGAGCAUGUUGUCCAGGAGGCAGAAGUGGAAAUGAGCCUCUCCCAUGGGGACAGGUUCUGGGGAUGUCCUUGUCCUGCUUGGGGCUGGAACAGGGGCUAUUUUAUGCCACCAACGAGCUCUGCACUGAGAGGGGAGAGUGUCACGUGGUGACUCUGUGGUGUCUGGGUGGGGACCUGGCCCUGCCCCCCCAUCGGUCUAUAUAGACAAUACCAGGUGCUGUAGGUGUAGUCACUAGUGCUCAGAGUGAAUUGUGCUGCCUGACGGCUCUGUUCAGGGGUGUACAGCAUAGUAUAAACUGCUCAGCAUGCAUCCAAGUUAUAUCUGCAGGCUCAUACUAGUUGCAAAGCAGACAGUAGCUUGUUCUUGUACUGAGAUUCUUCUGCCAUAGUGUGGUUGUCCCUGAGGUUUCUGACCCAUGAUACUUAUAAGCUAACUGUGCCACUUCAAUUACGUUUGAUGCACUUGUACUUAUUGCACUGACAGAAGAGAAACACUUACUUGGCUCUGGAGAGUGAUGUGCACAUUCCAGCUAAUGCCGCUGCUGGCAGCUGGCUUGGGGCAAAGCGCAGCCUGAGCCAGAGGCUAGCAGGCUGGCUGGCUGGCUGCCUCCCUCCCGUGGGACAGAGCUGAGGGUCCAGCAUGUGAACUGCUGGUGUUGGUGACGCCAACAGUGCCGUUCCCAGUAGUAGGCCAGUGAUAUGCUUGGAAAUUUAAACUGAAAUGUUUAUCUAAAAGUGGUGUAGUUUUAAUAAAGGCAUUGACUGCUGAUCAUUUCAGCUUCA